AGUGGAAACUCAAGUUCAAAUAUUUGUUUUGGAACAUCUUGUAUUUUGGAAUACGGUGUAAUCUUGUGUGAUCUUCAGAACAAAUCACAGAAAGCUGGGAAAAAGCACAGAUUUGAUGUCAUGGAGAAAUCAAUCUUUUGUUAACUUUUCUCUCGAUCGAAUUCAAACAUCUGUACACAAUUCACUGCUACCAAGUUUAUCUCGCUUCGAUCUUCUGGCAAUUUUUUUUUACGAUUUAGUGGCUUUCAAAGCUUACAUUCAUCAAGGAAAGCACAGUUUGAGUAAUUUAUACUUCUGUCAUGUCGAAGGAAACUAACUUUGAAACAGAACAAAGUCCCCAACCAGAGGAGAAAAUAGUGAUUCCUCCCUACAGGAGUCCAGAAUGUCACAACAAAUCUUUCCAAGUAAUGAACACCCUGCGUGAACAAAACCAGCUGUGUGAUGUUUUGUUGAAAGCAGCAGGAAGUGAGAUUCCAGCACACAGGGUUGUCCUCGCAUCAUCUAGUCCUUAUUUUUUUGCAAUGUUCACUGGGGAGCUGUCAGAAAGUCGACAAACUGUGGUAACCAUGCGUGAAAUUGAUAGCCGUGCACUUGAACUUUUAGUGCAAUAUGUGUACACAGCUGAGAUCGAAGUCACAGAGGAUAAUGUUCAGGUUUUGCUUCCUGCCGCUAAUCUUCUUCAACUAACAGAUGUCCGUGAUGCAUGCUGUGAAUUUCUGAAGGCCCAACUCCACUCCACAAACUGUUUAGGAAUCAGAGCUUUUGCUGACAUGCAUUCCUGCAGUGAUUUAAUGAUUGCUGCCCACUCAUUUGCAGAGAAACAUUUUAGUGAGGUUGUUCAGGCUGAUGAAUUUCUUGCCCUGCCAACCAUUCAAGUAGAAGAACUUGUCUGCAGUGACCAGCUUACAGUUCCCUCCGAGGAGAAGGUAUUCGAAGCUGUGGUUACUUGGGUGAAUUACGACCCUGAACAUAGACAGGAGUGCCUGGCACAACUCAUGGAGCACGUGCGACUCCCUCUGCUGUCACGUGAAUACCUCGUGAGUCGCGUGGAGACGGAAACACUGGUCAAAAACAAUAACAUGUGCAAAGAUUUUCUUAUCGAAGCUAUGAAAUAUCACCUGCUCAGUAAUGAACAGCGGUCAUCUGUACAGUCACCGAGAACUCGUCCCAGGACACCGAUUGGAUUGCCUAAAGUGAUGUACGUCGUCGGAGGCCAGGCGCCCAAGGCUAUACGAAGUGUGGAAUGUUACGAUUUCAAAGGAGAGAACUGGUACGCUGUGGCAGAGAUGAACUCUCGUCGGUGCCGUGCUGGAGUAGCCGUGCUAGACGGGCUCGUUUAUGCAGUUGGCGGCUUCAACGGUUCACUGCGCGUUCGCACAGUCGACUGCUACGAUCCUGGGAAAGACCAAUGGCGUCCUGUGGCUUCCAUGGAGGCGCGGCGCAGCACACUUGGUGCGGCAGUAAUGAAUGGACUGUUGUACGCCAUAGGAGGAUUUGACGGUACAACGGGACUCAACACUUGCGAAGUGUAUGACCCCAAGAUAAACGAAUGGCGAUCUAUUUGUCCGAUGAGCACCCGAAGAAGCAGCGUCGGCGUAGGCGUCCUCAACGGUCUGCUUUACGCCGUCGGCGGGUACGACGGCGCGUCGAGACAUUGCUUGAGCUCAGUUGAGUGUUACAAUCCAAACUCAAACGAAUGGGGUCUAAUGGCCGAAAUGAGCACGCGGAGGAGUGGAGCGGGAGUGGGUGUGGCCGAUGGGCUCUUGUACGCCAUAGGCGGACACGACGGGCCGCACGUGCGGAAAAGCGUGGAAUGUUUUAAUCCGGAGCAGAACCAAUGGCGAUCGGUAAGCGACAUGAGCAUGUGUCGUAGGAACGCUGGUGUGGCCUCGGUUAAUGGCUUGCUUUUUGUUGUCGGAGGCGACGACGGCUCCAGUAAUCUGUUUUCUGUUGAAGUUUACAACCCCCGGACAGACCAGUGGGGCUUACUGUCAACCUUCAUGACGAUAGGCCGCAGUUAUGCGGGAGUCGCCGUGAUUGACAGGCCUAAUACCUAAGGCAGUAUGAGACUCCGAGUGUUUUAGAUUUGAAAUGUUUGUUUUAAUUUAUUCCCGGGAAAUUUGCGCUAGCUGAGUGAGUCCUGUCGUAAACAAGGAUGAGGUUGUUGUUCUUUGCGUUCCUGGAUGUAGGGUGGUGCAUAUUUCGGAGAGCCAUUGGUUAAGAGCCGUUUGUUAGUUUCGAAGAAAAAAAGAGAUUUUAUCGCAUGAUAUUUAAUAAGAAAGAACAAGAAAGUGAGCUAGGACGAGAUCAUGCACACUUUUGGCCGUUGUGUUUGGCAAUUUUAUAAAUUUUAUUUAACUGAACUGUCUUACUGAAUACUGUAAUGUAAAAUACUAAAGAAAAAAUAGGGCGUAAUCAUGCAUACUUUUGGCCGUUGUGUUUGGCAAUUUUAUAAAUUUUAUUUAACUGAACUGUCUCACUAAAUACUGUAAUGUAAAAUACUAAAGAAAAAAUAAAACGAUAAUAUUUCGCAAAGGCUUAGUUACAUAAGGGGUAAAAGGGUAAGCUUUAUUUUACGAGGGUGACCCAAUCAGCCUUAAGGCUGGUAUCCAGAGGGGCCCUGGAUUAAAAAGUACAAUAAUUAAACAAUAAAUAAUAAUUUAAAAUACGGGAUGUGAUAAUUUAAAAAUACAAAAUUUAAAAAAUCGUGAACAUUUAUCAAAAAUCUAAAGAAAGAAAGUGACUCCGCGUUCUGAAUGUAACGAGGCAACAAAUUAAAAAGGGCUGAGCCCGAAUAUCUAAAAGUAAAUUUCCCAAGGCUUAGCUUCGGUUGGGCAGGUGCAAAUCGGUUCUUCUGCGAGUGUUAUGGCCAUAUACAUUGUAGUUUCUAAUAAAAUAGUUAUAUCAGUAAUGAAGUACUAGCUUACUUAAGCAUUUAUAAACUAAAACACAUUUGUGUCUUUUCCGUUUCAUUUCUACCUCAGCCACCCUAGAACACUUAAAGUGUCUUUAGAGGAGUCACGCCAAUCGAUGUGGGCAGCACGAUUUUGUAACUGUUGAAGGGUUUUACUGAAGGUGACUGACAGUUCACCCCAUGUAGUGUCGGUAUAACACAGGAUUGGCUCGAUAAGGGUAUUAUAGACACACCUCGCUGCGUUAAGAGUAAGGCAAGGCUGGUAUCCAGAGGGGCCAGUUAAACACUCGAAUAGAAAUUCCAUAUCUACGCGCGCCCAUGUAUUCUUCUCUAUGUAUCUCGCACCAAUCAUAUCACAGCUUUCUUGUAAAUGAUGUCAUGGAAGCAGGUGGCUGUGCACAAAGAAUGACAUAAACCAUAAAUUUUGAGCUAAUUUUGGUAAGUGUAAUGGUUUGUGGCCUUAACAAGAGCCUCGUCGAUUAAGGUCGAGAUUUAUCGGGAAAUGCAAGGUUCGCAUUUAACCGUAUUGUCUCAUUUUUUAAGUUAAAACGUGUUUUUCCCCGCUCCUUUACUCACAACUAACACGGCAAACAACUUGCAUUCCAUCACGCACCGAUGCAUUUUAUUUUUGCGAAGAAGUAUUUAGGCAAUAGACCACAAAAUACCUGUGUGAAUUCAAAUAAAUUAGUUUUUUUUCCCUUCUCUUAAGGUGAAAUAAUGCGAUAUUUUGGUGCGUUUGAAAGCUUCAGUCUCCCGUCUCAACCCGCCUAGGCAAAAACAAUAUGAAGAAUGCGUACACCACUUUAAGAGAACAGAUAAAAACUAUAAACUUGACCCGUUAAUAUCAGCAUACACGCCUUCGAUAUUCUCAACCUUUGAUAAAAUUACUGAUGUAAUCAUGAGGGAUAAUGUUAUCCUAACUAAAGUCGAUUUUAACUUACGAAAAUAUUUAGCCACCAAACGUCAUGCUGCUCGUAAAUUUAACAUCCCCAAGCCCCACGCAAUAACUUUUCGCGACCUACGUUUGUAGUUUUAGUGAUGUCCAUCACUGAAGGGGGAUAUGGGGAUACCCAAUUCAUUAAGUAGAUUUAAUACCAAAAGGGGAUAUAUUUACGCAUAAUCCGACAAAAAAUUUUAGCAGGUGGGAAGGCCGGAGGAAGAGGAAAGUGACUCACAGAGUUAAAUUCUCAAGCUGAUAGACGUAAUCCUGAUCACGUUGUACCAAUAGAUUAGAAAAUCAAAUCAGUUGAAGUAAGCUUAAAGAGAGAAGAGAAGAACAAAAUGGCAUAUCAUUACACAUUUACAA